AUGGAAGCCGCGUGGCAACGACUUCAAGAGUCAGCCCCCUCCCAUGCUCAUAGACACCCACUGUUGAUGCUGGGAAUCGUCGCCAAAUUGGAGAGGGAAAGGCUUGUCAAUCUGGCUGAGAAGCUAGCCGACCAGUUCACCUUGUCAUCUGACUUCUUGACAGAAGAUGACAGCAGCAGUGAGGGUGGGCAGGGUUCGAUAAAGCAUGCCAAGAUGCAGGAGUACCUUGGAAUAUGCCUCAUGAGUAGGAACCUGGUAGAUCACAUCCGGAGCACGAAGAGGCAGCUGCUCAAAGUUCUGAUUGAGCUUGAUCAACUGGAAGAGUAUUGGUUGUCCAAGUCUUACGAGGAUGUCUUUUGCCAGCGGAAAUCUCAGCAUAAAAAGGUUGAAGAAGGCGCCCGUGAGGCUGCUGAAAGCGAAGGAGAGAGCAAGGCUCUGUUGAACGAGGGGCCAGAACUCGGAGACAACGAGACCUCAUCCAAGGUUCUUCUCGAACAAGAGAGAAAGUCUUUCAUCCGAACAAGCAACAAGAUGCGUCAGCGAGUCCGCGACAUACUGGAUGAAUACGACGACAAGGUCGAUGAGUGCAAAACGAUGACACAGAACUUAUCCUUGGCUAUGCAGGCCGCCUGGAACCAGACCGCUCGCCAGGAUGCCGCAGUCAAUGCCAGGAUAGCGCAACUCAACACUACGAUAGCGCUAGAGACAAAGUCUGAGAGCGCCAUGAUGAGGAGCAUCGCCCUACUAACAAUGAUAUUUUUACCACUCAGCUGCGUUGCUUCUGUCUUCUCAACGACGCUUUUCAACUGGAGCCCAGGGGAAGGGGAACCCGUCGUGUCAAAAUAUAUCUGGUUUCUAGCUGUCAUUGCCAUUGUCCUCACACUGGCCGUGGUGUGUAUAUGGUACCUUUCUACAGACAGGGAGAAGAAGAGGGACAGGGAGCGGGUCAAGAGCUGGGAGAUUCCAUUACCAGGGGAAAUGGUUUGAUAUCCAUAGGAGCAAGAGUUCAGGGGCGUGUUUGGGCGCCAGGCUGUAGAUAACAUAAUUUAACUGGCACCACAAAUGAGUCAACGCAGAAGACGAUCCUGAACCAUUCUUCAGAUAAUUAAAACUGGUUCAGAGAUAACGUACAUUAUAAGC